GGAUGAAUUAUUCAAACUUAUUAUUCACGCCUUUACUGUUAUAGUAUACUUAAUUAUAUUUAAGUAAAAAUAACACACAUAUUUAGGAUAAUUUGACUGGAGGAGAACCUUUACUUUAGUUUGGAAAAUAAUGAAUUUAUUUCUUUCACUUUUAAUUUUAGCUGUUUCUUGCAUUUACUCAUUUCCAACCGGAUGUCCAGAUAACGAAUGGCAAUGUACAGAUGGAACUUGUAUAGCAAAAACUUCUAGAUGUGACAAUUUUCCUGACUGUAAUGAUGGAUCUGAUGAAUUGAAAUGCACAGUUUCACCAGUCUGUUUAGAGGGACUCGAGUCUUGUCCGCAGCCAAAUGGAACCACUGUAUGUGUGAAGAAAGCAGUUGGUUGUGGGUGUGGAAAAGUACCGGAUAUUGAUCAUGGCAAUGUUAUAUCCACUAGUGAUCUGAUCGGGUCGUCGGCAAACGUGACAUGUGAUGCCGGGUAUCUGCCGUCUAUCUCAAUAAUAAUAUGUCAAGUAACAGGACUAUGGGAAACCGCUAGCUGUUUACCAAAAGAUUGUGGGGCAAUAAGCAAGAUACCCAAUGGAGUAAUACGACUUGUAGAUAACAACACAACAUUCGGAGCGUCUGGUUUUAUUACAUGCAACUUUGGCUACCACACUUUGACACCCAACAUAUCGUGUCAAGAAAACGGGACAUGGAGCAUUGCCGUGUGUUCAGUCAUAGAUUGUGGACCUCCAGCAGCACAUAUUUCAUUUGGCAAAAUUACCCUUCCAAAUAACAGUUCAACAACCGUUGGAGCAUCUGCCUCUGUUACUUGUGUAGAUAGAUAUACACCAAGCAAGCAAACAAUAGUUUGCAACGCAUCUGGUGUCUGGGAACAGGUGUCAUGUAAUUUUUCAGAUUGUGGGACUUUACCUGAAAUACAUCAUGGAACUAUUACGUAUAAUGGAACGGUUUCGUUCGGAUCGACUGCUGAAGUUGAAUGUGAUGCUGGUUAUAAAGCCAUUAAAACAACUGUUUUGUGUCAAAGGUCAGGAGACUGGGAGACGGCCGAAUGUUUACCUAUAGAUUGUGGUCACUUGCCGGUAAUACAAUUUGGCAAGACAAUUAUAAAUGAUGUUGGAAACACAACAUACGGAUCGUCGGCUUCUGUAACAUGUGAUAGAGGCUAUGAAACAAACUUAACAAAGAUACUUUGCCUAUCAUCUGGCGACUGGCAACAACCAAUAUGCAAAGCCAAAGACUGUGGACCAGUUGGAACAAUACCAUUUGGAAUCAUAAAACUUGCUGAUAAAUAUAACACUACGUUUGGUUCAUCAGGUAUUUUAACUUGUGAUGACGGUUACGAGACAUCGACAAAGAACGUAACUUGUGGUGAAGAUGGCGUAUGGACCACUGCUAUAUGUUCAUUGAAAGAUUGUGGGUAUCCGCCUAACAUUUCAUUUGGGGAUAUUAUCCUUCAUAACAACAGCAUAACAACGGUUGGGGCAACGGCGUCUGUUAAAUGUGCGAGUACAUAUGUACCGAGUAAAACAACCGUAACAUGCAUGGACACUGGAGAAUGGGAACAUGCUUCCUGUGAUUUCCAAGGUUGUGACUCUAUACCUUACAUUACCAAUGGUAAAAUAACACAUACAGGAAGAGCAAAUAUAGGGUCAACUGCUGAAGUAAGAUGUGAUGCUGGAUAUAAAGCUAGUAAAUCAUUUGUUUCAUGUCAGAGGUCAGGCGACUGGGAGAUGACCGAAUGUUUACUUAUAGAUUGCGGUCACUUGCCGGUAAUUCAAUUUGGCCAGAUAAAUAUAGAUGGCGUUGGAAACACAACAUACGGAUCGUCUGCUACUGUCCUUUGUGAUACAGGCUUUGAAACUAACCAAACAAAACUAUUUUGUCAAACAUCCGGAGAAUGGCAGACAUCGAUAUGCAAACCUAAAGACUGUGGAUCUAUACCAACGAUUACUAAUGGUAACUUAAUUCUGACGGACUCAACCAACACAACAUAUGGAGCGACAGCAAGUGUCGUAUGUGACAGUGGUUAUCACACAGAUAGGCCAACAAUAAUAUGUCUUGGCAGAUGGCAAGCAGCACAAUGUAAAGCAAAUGAUUGUGGGCAAUUACCUGACGUGCAGUUUGGCAAAAUUCAUCUUGUAGACGCACAUAACACGGCGUUUGGCGCUAGUGCUCGUGUUACGUGUGAUAAAGGUUUCGAAAGCAACACUUCAACAAUAAAAUGUACAAGUUCUGGUGUCUGGGAAACCUCUAUCUGCAAAAUAAAAGACUGUGGAAGUCCACCUAUUAUUUCAAACGGAAGAAUUCAAAUCAUUAAUCACGAGACUACAUACGGAUCAAAAGCAUUUGUUGAAUGUCAUAGCAAAUAUACUUCGAAUACUCGAUUUGUUAAAUGUCUGGCGACUGGACAUUGGGGACAUGCCAAGUGUUUAGGUCAAAGUAACAAGGACAGAUGCACUGAAGAACACGGUGUUUGUACACGACAUAUCUACGAAAAUGUUCGACUUCUUGCGCUAAAGAGUUCAAAAUGCAAGUCAUUUUGUCAAUGCAUUCACGGUGGAACUUCCGCGGGUGGAAUUAUUACAUACAAAUGGGCAGAGCAUCAAUGUCCACCAGGGACCUUGUUUGAUGAUAAUCUUAUAUCACGAGUGUGUAACCAUCAGUUUAUGGUGAAUUGCUAACUUGUGUUUUCAUUACUUACAUGAAUACCUCCUGACAGUUGACAAUCAAUUUAAUUGGAAGACAUUAUCAUCACAUUAUGUAAAAUUAUAUCAUUAGUUUUUUAUAUAAAUUAAAUGUUAAAUAUAGGGUCAACAUAACACAUGUAAUUAAAUACU